AUGAUUCCAGUAUCUCUCUCGGGCGCACUCCUACACCAAACGGCCAGACAGCCAUCGACCUACAUCCCUUCCCGACCCUUCAUCUUCGUCGCCCGGCCAGGUACCAAAAGCACUCGAUACUACCGGUCCACUAGCAGCAGCACAUCUCUCCAAUGA